CACUAUCGGCCAACUUUGGAAUCACCUCGCCGUGAAAGGCUCUUAUACAGACUUUUGAGGUUAUUUACCAUUUAAGUUAGGGCUCCUCUACUCUAGUCUCCUCUCCAUGUAUAUACCUAUAUACCUAUGUAAGUAUGUCCAAAUGUGUUGUAUGUAUACAAUAUAUACUAUACAUUAUGGUGUAUACGGAUAAAAUAACUGUUCUCUUGAUCUGUCUAACGAGGCUGCAAUCCGUUAUGAUUAUUUUCACUCGAAAUUCAGUAGGUUGAGAUUAAAAUUUUACGUGGCAUACAAAAAUAUCAAUUAUAUAUCUUUAAUUAUUAAUACAAUGGAAGUUCGAAAUAGAAAGUCAAAAAAUAAUGAGAAAAUGAUACGUCAAUCCGCUAGUUUUGAUUAUCAACAAUCUAAAAUUCAGAGUUGUGUUAGCAAAAAUCAAACUAAUGAGAAUAAUGACGAAGAAGAAAAAUUAGCAUUAAAAGAAUUUAUGGAAAAAGUUGAAACUGAACAACCAACAUUAGUCCCAUCUAAAAGAAUUAUUAUUAGUUUAGAAUUUGAUGUAAUUGCUGUAAUUUUAUUAGUUGCUGGUAUUUUAACUAGAAUUUAUAGACUGGAAGAACCUAGGAGUAUUGUAUUUGAUGAACUUCAUUUUGGUAAAUACGUUGGCCUUUAUAUGAAGAGAACAUUUUUUUUCGAUUCUCAUCCACCAUUAGGAAAGCAAAUGAUAUCAGCAGUAGCAUAUUUAUCUGGAUUUAAUGGAGAAUUUAAAUUUGAUCGAAUUGGAAGUCCAUAUGCAGAACAAGUGCCUUUAUUUGCAUUAAGAAUUGUUCCUGCGUUGUUUGGAAGUUUUAUGGUACCUACAGCUUACCAUUUAGCUAUUGAAUUAGGAUUAAAACCAUGGAGUGCAUUAAUUGCUGGAUUGCUGCUUCUUUUUGAUAAUGCAUUAUUAACUCAAUCACGGUUUAUAUUAAUGGACAGUAUACUUGUCGAAUUUUCAUUAUUUGGAUUAUUGUGUAUAUUGAAAUUUCAUAAGAUAAUGGAUAAACCAAAUACAUUAGCUUGGUGGAUUUGGUUAACACUUGGAAUUAUUUCUUUAACAUGUGCUGUUUGUGUUAAAUACGUCGGGUUAUAUUCUUUAAUACUUGCAAUAUUUAUUAUUACUCGUGAUUAUUGGAAACUUUUAAGUAAAAAAACUCUCUCUAAUACAGUAUUAUGGAGUCAUUUAAUUGCACGAAUAUUUGUAAUUAUACUGUCUUUUAGUUCAGUAUAUUUAGGAGUAUUUUAUAUUCAUCUUUCUGUUCUUACGAAAGCUGGACCACAUGAUGCAGUAAUGACUAGUGCAUUUCAAGCAAGUUUAGAGGGCGGGCUAGCAAGCAUUACUAAAGGUCAACCUACUGAAGUGACACAUGGAAGUCAAAUAACUUUACGUCAUACAUUUGGACGUGCAUGUUGGCUUCAUAGUCAUAAUCAUUUAUAUCCAUUACGAUAUCCUGAUGGACGAGGAAGCUCUCAUCAGCAACAAGUUACUUGUUAUUCAUUUAAGGAUGUGAAUAAUUGGUGGAUUGUAAAGCGACCAGAAUUUAAUGAUUUAGUAGUAACAAGACCUAUUAUUCCUUUAAAACACGGUGAAGUUGUCCAAUUAGUUCAUGGUAUUACUAGUAGAGCUCUCAACUCUCAUGAUGUUGCUGCUGCGAUGACACCACAGAGUCAAGAAGUAUCAUGCUAUAUUGAUUAUAAUGUUUCGAUGCCAGCACAAAAUUUAUGGAGAGUUGAAAUAAUAAAUCGUGAUCAAUCUGGUGAUACUUGGUAUGCCAUUCAAAGUCAAGUGCGUUUAAUUCAUGUUGGUACUGAAUAUGCAUUAAAAUUUAGCGGAAGACAAUUACCUGAUUGGGGUUUUAAUCAGCAUGAAGUUGUUGCUGAUAAAAUAAUUGAACAAGACGAUGCUGUUUGGAAUGUUGAAGAGCAUAGAUAUACUAAAAGUGAAGAUCAAAAACAGAGAGAACGUGAAUUAAUAAAUGCUGAAAUGAUACCACUUAAAGCUACUCAUCUUACAUUUUGGCAAAAAUUUAUUGAACUUCAGAUAAAAAUGGUAUUUAGUGGACAAGAAAGUCAAAAUAGUCAUAUGUAUUCGAGUGGUCCUUUAGAGUGGCCGUUAAUGGCCAGAGGAAUUGCUUAUUGGGUAGCCCAUGACAGUAACGCACAAGUACAUUUAUUAGGAAAUGUAGCUAUUUGGUACUCUGGCACGGUCGCAGUUGUUAUUUAUUCUAUACUUUUAACAAUUUAUUUAAUACGGCGAAAAAGAUGUCAUUUUGAUAUAUCUGAUACUGAAUGGAAUCGAGUAGUUCUUAUUGGUCAAGUUCUUUUUGCUGGAUACAUUCUUCAUUUUACUCCUUUUUUUUUCGUUGAGCGUACAUUAUUUUUACAUCAUUAUUUACCAGCUUUAGUUUUUAAAAUAUUGCUUACUGCUGCAGUUGUAGACCAUCUAUAUUACUUGAUUAACUCAUACCAUCAUUCAAAUACUUUAGUAUUAUUCAUAAGACUGAUUAUUAUUACAUGGAUGACGUUAAUUAUUUUUGUUUUCCAAAAGUUUAUUGUAUUAAGCUAUGGUAUGACGCCAUUAACAGCUAAAGAUUUAAUGAAAUUGAGAUGGAGUGAAACCUGGGAUUUUAUUGUGCAUAAAUUGUGAGGAAAAAAUAUACACAAUCAAUAUACGUUAAGUAUUUAAGAAAAAUAGUUAUAUAAUUAGAAGAGUUUAUUAAAAUUUUUUAUUAGAUCAAUAAUUUUGUAAUAUUUUUUAUACAUUUAUAAAUUAAAAUUCUAUUUUAACAAAUCGUACUAUAAUAUCAGUUUUCCUAAAAUUGUGCAUCAUUAUACUUAUGUACAUAAUAUAUAUAUAUAUAUAUUCAAUUCUACGAGGCGCGCUAUCAUUUCUUGUUUUUCCAUAUAAACAGUGCUUAAAAAUUUUUUUUUUGUUUUCUUCAGUUAUAACUACAAAAAAUUUUUUUUUCAUCUAUUUUGAUGCAUACCUGCUUAUAGAAAAUUUAAUUCUCUACAAAAGGCUCUGAGAUAGUUUUAUCGUAAUCCCAACGGGUAAAAAGUUAUCGGGCUUUGAAUACCCGCAACUAAGUAAAUUCUAAGGAGGAUAGUUAUAAAGCAACGAUUUGCUGUAAUUAACGUUACUUAUGGAUAAUUUAUUAAAUUUCUAUAAAUCUGAAAUAAUUUUUAGCUCUCUGGGGCAAUUUAUUAGUGACUGCAAGAUUUAUUUAUAAAUUGAUCAAAUUAUUUAUUAAACUAUUUAUAAUACACUUAUCCAAAAAAUGAAAGGAACAAGAAAAUUUUAUAAAAUUUUUAGCGAUUUUUGGCAGUCUGUAUUUUCGUGAAAAAUGAUCGUAUUGGAAAAGUAAAAAAAGCAAAUUGAAGCUUGAAAUCUCUAGUUUAAAGAUCUUCCAGCAAAAUAAUUUUUUGAGCCACGGUUUUUGCGGAAUCAUUAGAAAUAGCUCGAGACAAAAUUUUUCUAAAUUUCUUAGUUUUGUUUUUUAGGUCUACGGGGCCGGAAAAAUUUUUCUCGAAAAAACCAAUUCAUGGUUCGUUUAGGAAAUUUAUUCAGCUAUAAUUUGCUUUUUUUUUGUUUCUCUGUACAAUUUGCUGCUAAGAUAUGAGCUUUCAAAUGAAAAAGGAUCCUUUUGUCUUUGAUUAUCGAUAUCUCAGCAACUAAUGGUCGCAUAGUAAUUUAAAGGGCAGUUUGAGAAACUUGAAUGAAUACCCUACAAGCUCCAUUUUCGAUUUUUGUGAAAAAAAAUUUUUUUUUAUCCUGAAUAUCAAUUUGAAAAACCCACAAAAAAUGGCCAUUUUCUAGUUUUUUAGUCAACUCAUCGCUACUCUGUAAAUAUCGAUAAAAAAAAUAAUGUUGCCAGGUGAUUUUACAUCUUUAUGUAUUAUAAACUCAUUUUCUUUUAAUUAUAAACGGUGAAUCAUGAAUAAUUUUUAAGAACAAGCUAGUAUUUACAUAUGUAUAUCUAAUUUUAUUUUUUGCACAUUGAAAAAAUAUAAAUUACAUAAUCAAAUCUAUCGUAAUACAAAGUAAGUUCUCAAGUCAUAUCUGAUCGAAUUUUCUUUCGUUGCAGAAAUUCAAAGCCUGAUAACUUUUUACCCGUUAGGAUUACGGUAAAACGAUUUCAGAGCUUUUUUUUGUAGAGAAUUAAAUGUUCUAUAAAAUGAUGUACAUCAAAAUAGAAAAAAAAAUUUUUUUCGUAGUUUUGACGGAAGAAAACGAAAAAACAAUUUUUAAAAUGCUAUCUAUAGGGAAAGACAAGAAAUGAUAGCGCGCCUCGUAGAGUUGAAAUAUUACGAUGGUCUUUCGCGAGAAUUUUUUUUAUACCUUAGAAAAAUUUUUGAGAUUAGAGCAAAAAAAAUUUUUGUUUCUGGACCACUAAUAUAUAAAUAUAUAUUAGUGCGUGCCAUUUUAGGGCAAUUUUUUUUUCAACACUAACAGCUUCUAUACUUGCAGAAAGGUAAAAUAAGAUGCCUGUUAAAAUUAGAGCCCUUAAUAUUAACAGGUGUCUCAUCGCGAUUUUUUAUUUCCCACCUAAAUAACAUGGGAAAAAAAAAUUUCAAGUUUGAAAUUUUAUACCUCGGCAAUGACUCAUUGUAUACAGAUAAGCUCUGGACAUAAUUUUAUAGGGAAUUCAACGCUCUACAGAGAAAGUCUCUUAUCAUUUUUUGAUAAAUCCAUCUGUUCAAAAGUUAUUGAAGCUUGAACUCAGAUUUAUAAUAAAUUUCGAGAUUUAUUUACUUUUCUGGCGAUACUAUCAGACUUAUCACAAAAUGUCAUGGAAUCUUUUUUGUAGACAAUUUUAUUCCCUACAAAUUAUCUUUGAUAAAGCUUUUUCAAAUUUUGCAUAACUUCCUAGUUAUAUCCAUUUCAAUGUCAAGCUCUUAAAAAAAUAGUGUUCUGAUCGAUUUCAAGAGUUUGACAUUAAAAUAUGUAAAAUAUAUUAAUAUUAAGGGCUCUAACUUCAAUAGGAAUCUUAUUUUACCUUCCCGCAAGUAUAGAAGAUGUUAUUGUGUCGAAAAAAAAAAUUUGCCCUAUAAUGGCACGC